CUCAAAUUACAACGGGGGUUUUUGUACUUGCUCUAUUGGUGUGUUGACCCUUCGACAAUAAAAUCGACUUGGGACAGUCUUUUCUCGGGGUGAUAAGAUGUGUAUAACUAAGCUCAUUGUUCUAUCUGUGCUAACACUAAUGCGAAGUAACGACCGCCAGCUGCAUAUUUGAGUGUGUGGUUAGUUUCUAACCCAUCUCUAAAAUAAACCCAGUUAUGCAUUGCUAGAAUUCAGAUUUUUAUAGUGGCGGUCAAUAAUCACUUCCAAGGCAACGUGGAUGGGGUUAAUGAUCGCAGUCGUAACGUAAGCAUCAUUGACAGUUUAUCGUUCACAGAAACCCUGUUUGCGCUUGGCUGCUUGCGUGGUUAUCGAUGUCGCAAAUACACACGAUUGGCAUUGUACUGUAGUGAAUAUAUUCACAUUUCUAGUUUUCUGGUGUCACCUCAAGUCUUCACUCGAGCAGGCGCGUUCUCAAUGGGACAAGUUAAGGACGCGGUGGACGGAUGAUGACCUUUCACCUAGUUUACCGCUGUGUUGGUCAGCUAACCGGCCCUUGGCCUGUGUGUCUGUAGAUCUCUGUCCUCGCUAGCUGAGCUACCAGAGAUGCAUCAGAUGAUGAGACAGACCUGUAGAGACUAUGCAGACAGAGAACUGGCUCCUAUAGCUGGCAAAGUAGACAAGGAGCACCUCUUUCCCGCCCGACAGGUGCGAGAGCUGGGUGCUAUGGGGGUGAUGGCUGUAGAGGUCCCUGAGGCGCUGGGGGAAGCAGGUAUGGACUACCUGGCCUACUCUCUGGCCGUGGAGGAGAUCAGUAGGGGAUGUGGCAGCACUGGAUGUGUGGUCUCGGUCAACAACUCUUUGUACAUAGGGCCGAUAUUGAAGUUUGGAACACCGGAGCAGAAGGAUCAGUGGAUCACCCCUUUCACAACCGGAGAGAAAGUUGGCUGCUUCGCUCUGAGUGAACCAGGUAAUGGUAGUGAUGCAGGGGCAGCGUCUACAUUAGCCAGACAGGAGGGAGAGGAGUGGGUACUGAACGGGACUAAAGCCUGGAUCAGCAACUGCUGGGAUGCCUCAGCUACUGUCGUAUUCGCUACCACCGACAAGUCACUCAAACACAAGGGUAUCAGUGCAUUCCUGGUGCCCAUGCCUCACCCUGGCCUUUCCCUGGGGAAGAAGGAGGACAAGCUGGGCAUCAGAGCAACCUCCACGGCCAACCUCAUCCUGGAGGACUGUAGGAUACCCCUGGGCAACAUGCUGGGGCCACGAGGGUCUGGCUUCAAGAUAGCCAUGCAAACCCUGGACAGUGGGCGUAUAGGCAUAGCAUCCCAGGCUCUGGGCAUUGCUCAGGCGGCUCUGGACUGUGCUGCGGACUACGCUCACAAACGCACCGCCUUUGGAGCUCCCAUUGGCAAGCUGCAGGCCGUACAGUUCAAGCUGGCGGACAUGGCUGUAGCUGUUGAAAGCGCUCGUCUCCUCACUUGGAAGGCUGCAAUGCUAAAAGACGCCAAGAAACCCUUCACCAAGGAAGCAGCGAUGGCCAAACUAUCAGCGUCGGAGGCCGCUACCUUCUGCGGCCAUCAGUCCAUCCAGGUUCUUGGGGGAAUGGGUUACGUGACGGACAUGCCAGCAGAGAGGCACUACCGCGACGCGCGAAUCACUGAGAUCUACGAGGGCACCAGUGAGAUCCAGAGACUGGUGAUAGCCGGCCAGCUGCUGAAGGAGUAUGUACCAUAGAGACUUGCGGGCUGCACCCCGGAUGGCAGUCUAUUCGCUACAUAGUGCACUAUUUUUGGACAGACCCCAACGGUCAAAAGAGGUGCACUAUAUCAAAUCAAAUCCAAUGGUAUUUGUCACAUACACAUGGUUAGCAGAUGUUAAUGCGAGUGUAGCGAAAUGCUUGUGCUUCUAGUUCCGACAAUGCAGUAAUAACCAACAAGUAAUCU